AUGGAGGAAUCUGAGGAGCUGAGGUACUUAAUGAGGCUUGUUCCUGAAUACAUGAGAAUCGGGGGAGAAGGAUACAUUCUGCAUAGGAUGAAUAGGGCUGUGAAUGAGGACAGUUGGGGUAAAGCGAUGUUCUGUGGAAGAUGUCUUCAUCUCUAUAUUCCUGUGGUGAAUAGUAGGAUAAGAUAUGAUGGAGUGUUGACUAUUGAAUGCCUUGGAUGUGGUGGGAAGUAUGUGUUCAACAGGACGUCCGGUGAGUUUUGGAAGGAUUCUUAUGAAGACAAGGAGGCGAAGACACUUGAAUACUAUUUUAGAUAG